AAGAUGGCUGCCCUAAUGUACUCUUGGGACCUUGCCUGGCGCCUCUUCCGGGCUUGGCAGCGGGCGGGGUCCAUUGAGUAAAGCCUUGCGUGCCUGCGCCCGCGACGGAGGCGCGCUUCAAAGCGCAGGCGCGGGGAGGGGGUGGGGGAGGAGGGAAAGCGGCGAGUAAGAUGGAAGAUGAGGAGGUCGCUGAGAGCUGGGAAGAGGCGGCAGACAGCGGGCAGGAAAUCCAAAUCUCCUCCCAAAGUGCCCAUUGUGAUUCAGGACGAUAGCCUUCCCGCGGGGCCCCCUCCACAGAUCCGCAUCCUCAAGAGGCCCACCAGCAACGGUGUGGUCAGCAGCCCCAACUCCACCAGCAGGCCCACCCUUCCAGUCAAGUCCCUAGCACAGCGAGAGGCCGAGUACGCCGAGGCCCGGAAGCGGAUCCUGGGCAGCGCCAGCCCCGAGGAGGAGCAGGAGAAACCCAUCCUCGACAGGCCAACCAGGAUCUCCCAACCCGAAGACAGCAGGCAGCCCAAUAAUGUGAUCAGACAGCCUUUGGGUCCUGAUGGGUCUCAAGGCUUCAAACAGCGCAGAUAAAUGCAGGCAAGAAAAGAUGCCGCCAUUGCUGCCGUCACCGCCUCCUGGGUCGUCCGCCACGGGUUGCACUGCCGUGGCAGACAGCUGGACUUGAGCAGAGGGAACGACCUGACUUACUUGCACUGUGAUCCCCCUUGCUCCACCCACUGUGACCUUGAACCCCAUGCACUGUGACCUCCCCCCUUCUCCCCCUUCCCACUGUGAUUGGCACAUCGACAAGGGCUGUCCCAAGUCAAUGGAAAGGGAAAGGGUGGGGGUUAGGGGAAGGUUGGGGGGACCCAGCAAGGACUCGGAGAGUCAGACAGUGCCACUUGGCCACUUGGGGUAAAGCCAGUGCCAGCAAUAACAGUUUAUCAUGCUCAUUAAUUUGGGAUUUCAAAACACAAAUGAAAACUCACACCCACCCACCCCCAAGUGCAUGUCUCCAUCACUUAAAAAGUAAGUUCCAUUUGAAAAUAUCCUUUCUUUUUUUUUUUCUUCCUAUUUUUGUUUGUUUAUACAAAUAUCUGAUUUGCAAGAAAAAGUGCAUGGGAGGGGUUUUAGUGGUUUAAUGAAUUUUUAAUUAAGAAAGGGUAGUUUGGUAGUCUACUUAAAAAUGUUUCUGGGAAAUUCACUAGAAACAUUAACCAAUAGGAUUUUGGUGAGCUUAGCUUCUGUAUUCCUACUGCCGCCCGGAAAAGGGGCAGGGCUCUGCAGCCGCCAGGACAGAUGAGCACCCCAUGCCUAUACCUCCCUCCCCGAGCUAAGUCCCAGGGCAUCUGGGCCUUGCCUGGAGACUGGGCUAGCUCUGUAGGCUCGGAGAGCCUGGGGAGGGUGCCAACCCCACCUCUAGUAUUUUGGGAGAUAGGGAAAGUGAACCGACUUCCCCUUCCCAUACCCCUCAGGGUGGUUCCCUACCAGCCAGGCUUACUACUUCUAGAAGAAAGCAGAGUGCCAGGGAGUGAGAUUGCAUCCCUGGGCUUAGAAGUGACGGAGAGAAGACUUGUUUAGUAUUUUGCCAUCAGCACAAGGAAAACCAGGAGAGAGUCUGCCUCCAGGACUCUGAGCCUUCUGCCUCGUAUGUUCAGAAGGUGGAUAGGUCUUCCCACUCCGGCAUGGCUUGAACUCUUAGGGGUCUGCAGUGCUCCAUCUCCAUUGGUGGCCCCAGCUCAGUAACUAUACCUGGUACAUUUCCUGUGUGCAAUCAGUACCUUGAAGGCAGAACAUUCUGAAUAAAGUUGGAAAAAGAACAGCUUUACUUUGCAAAGAUUGAUGACAGACUGGUUCCUCAGAGGCCUAGGCUACCCGUCACCCCUUUUUCCAGAGCGAGGGCCUGGAAUGAAGGCAGUUUAUCCUCUGUCCCUGGAGCCUGGGGUUUGCUUUGGCUCCUUGAGGUGGAAGAGACUAAGAGGGCAGCUGCCCAGAGCGGCUCUGUGUGUACCUGGCUCCUCUCAGGCUUCCUGAUCCCUUCCGUUGCACUGCGCCUUAUCCCUCAGCCAGCCAGACAGCCUCCCUGCUCCUGACCAGCAGAUACGUUUCGGAGUGGUUGGUGUGGUUUUUGUGAUGAGGGCAGCACGUGGUGGCCAAGGUGGCAAGCUGAGUCUCACAGGCUCACUCCACCGUUGGUUCCCUGUGGGAAUGGUAGGCCAGGCCCAGCAAGCCAUGCCCCACCACGUCCUCUCCUCCGGAGGAAGGGCCAGCUGCCAGCUGAGUCAGCAGCUAGUCCAUAGCACAGCCUUAUAACUGUAAAGCCAGGCAUUGCCCAUGAGCAGAGCUGGAACCAGAGCUUCAGUCAGUAAGAGGGAGGAUUACCUUCAGGAGAAGGCAAGGAAGAAAAUUGGCUGCUAUCUUUAUAGUUCCACUGCCCUAACCAAGUGUCCACAUUCUAAAUGUGUAGUGUCCAUCCCUCAUGUAGUAGUGGUUUCCCGCCCAAAGUGAGACUUUCCUUUUAAUUGGAGAAGGGUAUAGAGGUAGUCCAGGUGGGAAGGCCAGAAGUGCUGAUUGCCCAGCCAUUGGGACCACCUGUUCUUGCCCCACUAUCCUCUAGUGGGAGGCCAAAGUAAAGGCUGGCUGGUGGGUGUCUGUGGAUUGAGGAUGUGGCAGGGACUGGUCCUCCCACCUCCCUCUGGCCAAAGAUGGGCUUUGCCCGCUGUGUGCCUGUCACCACCCACCAGCAGUCAUGCCCUGGGCUUCCCAAAUGGAGAGGUAGCAGGCAACGUUUUUAAAAAGAAAGAAAACAGGAAACUGUAUUGUGUCGGGGGAGGUGGGAGGGAGAUGAGGAAACGGUUUGGAUUUUGUGUGUGGGAGGGUAUUUUUUGGGGGUAGUUGUCUGUAACUUUCCUAAGUGCUUUUUUUCCUUUUCUUUUUUAAAGUAAGUUGCAGGCUUUGGCUUGGAAAACCCCAGGGGGAUGGGGGGCAGAAACCUGAGGCUGCUGCCCCUUUAUCUGCCUUCAUGGUACUGUCCCCUUCCCCCAGCUCCUCCCUGACCCCAUGGGCCAGGCCUCAGACCUUCCAGCUAACCGCUUCCCAUGAGCCACUACUCUGAUGUCAGCCUAUAACCAAAGGAGCUGGGGGGUCCAGGCCUGGUGACCAACCUUUCUCAGCCCACUCAAUCAGGGUGCUCCCCACCUGCAGGCAGGAGGCAACACCCUAUCUGCUACCAUCAGCCCCUUCCAGAGCCCAUCUGCCCCGCCUAGCCCUGCCCUGCCCAGCCAUACCCUGCUCUGCCCCAUCUGGGGGUGCCCUGCUCAGGGAUGGGCCGGCAGGGCUGUACCCAGCCUCCCUGGUAAGCAGAGACUCAAGAAACCUCUGGGGUCCUGUUUUCUGGUCGUGUGAUCCCAGGGGUGCACAUGGGCCCCUUGGGUGUCUGAACAGAAGGGCAUGGGAGGGAGGGCCGCACCCCUGCAGUCUUACUCUGCUGGUGUAGCGGGCAGCUGCCCACUCCCACCCCACCCUGCACCGCGGGCUCCUGAGUCGGCAGAUUAAGCAUUUUAUAAAUUGUAUUUUAAAUACAUGUUUUAAACUUGUCA